CCAAAUUCAACUUUGGUUCAGACUUUAUUAGAGAAAGAGAAUGAAAAUGUGGAAAAGUGCUUUGAUUUUCAUCUUCAAUUUGUGUCUCAUAGUUAAUGCAAAUAAUGAUAAUCAAAGAAAGUCAUAUAUUGUGUAUAUGGGGGAACUUCCAAAGGACACCAGUUUCUUGCUUAACAAUCACAACAACAUUCUCAAACAAGCAAUUGGAUCAGAUUUAGGACUAUCAAGAGAAUCGAGAGUGCUCCACAGUUACCGAAGAAGUUUUAAUGGGUUCGUGGCAAAAUUAUCACCCGAAGAAGCAGACGUUCUAUCUCGUAGAGAAGAUGUUAUUUCAGUGUUUCCAAACACUAUUCGACAACUUCGUACUACAAGAUCAUGGGAUUUUGUUGGCAUGCCUUUGAAUGUUAGAAGAAAACCACAAGUUGAAAGUGAUAUCAUUGUAGGUGUUAUUGAUACAGGAGUAUGGAUUGAAUCACCAAGUUUCAAUGAUGAAGGCUUUGGGCCUCCACCUUCCAAAUGGAAAGGCAAAUGUGACAAGGGUGUGAAUUUCACUAAAUGCAACAACAAAGUGAUUGGAGCACAAUACUUCAAUCUUGAAGGUGUGGGGGACACUGACCAGAUCACAACGGCCGAUUUAGAGGGCCACGGGUCCCACACGGCUUCCACGGCCGCGGGCAUACCCGUCCGGGAUGCCAGCCUAAACGGUCUAGCAAAAGGCAUUGCGCGCGGUGGGGUCCCCUCCGCGCGCAUUGCCGCUUACAAAGCGUGUUGGUCCAUGGGCUGCUCAGACAGCGACAUUUUAGCUGCGUUCGACGCCGCGAUCGCGGAUGGGGUCGACUUUAUUUCCCUGUCUGUCGGAGGCGAGUCCCGCGAUUUUUUCGAUGAUUCGAUAGCUAUUGGAGCAUUUCAUGCCCUGAAAAAAGGGAUAUUGACUUCUUGUGCUGGUGGAAAUAGUGGGCCUGAUUUGGGAAGUAUUGAAAAUGUAGCACCAUGGAUUUUUACGGUGGCAGCUAGUAGCAUUGAUAGACAAUUUGAGACUGAUGCUAAGUUGGGUAACGGAGUCCAAAUUUCUGGAAUUUCAAUCAACACAUUUGAACCGAAUAAAAAAUGGUUUCCCUUAACCACGGGAACUCUUGCAGAGGUAAAAAAUGCAUCUUAUCAUGGAAAUUCAAGUGCUUGCGACAUUGGUACCUUAGAGGAGAGCAAAGUGAAAGGGAAAAUAGUAUAUUGUCUUGGAAGUAGUCAACAAGAUUCCGUCAUUCAAUACUUGAAAGGUGCUGGUGCCAUUAUAGUCGGUGAUAAGAUGACAGACGUUGCAUUUGAGACACAAAUAUCAGCAACAAAUAUCAAUACUACAUAUGCUGCACAAGUUGAGAAGUACAUAAAUUCUACAAAAUCCCCAAAAGCUGUAAUAUACAAAUCAAGAACUGUGAAUAUGACUGCACCAUUUGUGGCUUCUUUCUCAUCUAGAGGACCCCAAACCAUCAGUCUCAACAUUCUCAAGCCUGAUAUUGCUGCACCAGGAUUGAGCAUCUUGGCUGCAAAUUCAGGAUCACAUAGAAUCAAUGGAGAUAGUGAAGACAAGAAAAAUGUGAAGUAUUAUGUUGAAUCAGGUACUUCCAUGGCUUGUCCACAUGUUGCAGCCGCCGCUGCGUAUGUAAAAUCGUUUCAUCCCGACUGGUCUCCUGCUGCUAUCAAAUCCGCUCUGAUGACAACAGCUAAAUCUAUGAAGAUUAGGCCAGUGGGAGCUGAACUAGCCUCAGGAUCAGGACAAAUUAAUCCAAGAAAGGCAAUUAACCCUGGUUUAAUUUAUGACCUUGAUUUAGACUCAUACAUAAGUUAUUUUUGCAAAGAAGGCUAUAACAGUACAAACAUAGCCUUGCUCACUGGAAGCAAAAAGUACAAAUGUUCAAGUGUUCCAGAAGCAAAAGGAGCAGAUGGACUAAAUUACCCCUCAAUGCAUUUACAACUCAAGAAUGCAAAUGAAAGUGACAUUUCUGCAAUUUUUUAUAGAACUGUGACACAUGUUGGGAAUGGAAAAGCUGUGUACAAAGCAAAAGUUAGGGGACCAAAGUGUCUUUCAAUAAAAGUUGUGCCAAAUAUUUUGUCAUUCAGUACAGUGAAUCAGAAGAAGUCUUUUAGAGUUAUGUUGAAGGGGAAAUUCAUUAGAGAAAAAUCAUGGUACCUUUCUGGUUCUUUAGUGUGGAUUGGGAAAAAGCCUAAUGUUAAAAGUCCUAUCUUAGUGUAUAGGCCAUUAGUGGAUUAUAUGUAUUAAAGUUAGAUGUUUAUUCAAUAAAUA